AAGAGGGAGAGAGGCACGCGACGACAUCUCACCUGUUUAUCAACCCGCCAGUCUGGUUUACGCGCCCGGUCAUCCGCCGACUCUACAAGUGGCUAUUCCACUUCGAAUCUCGAACGUGGGCUCGUUCGCCUAACUCUUUAUCGCGAUUUAUUUCGAAGACGCCGGAAAUAUUUGUACGUCGCGGAAGUACAUGCGGUUAACGUUCGAAAGACGACACGUCGUGUCACGGUUUACCUAAACGCAUCUUCUCGAUCACUCCUUCUCGCCAUCGUCGUUGAACGUCUGUGUGACGAUGAUUGCCUUAAGCCAUCGGCGAGAGCCGAAACGUCGAGGCUGUACAAUAUCUUAAGUACUCGACGAAGUACGAUGACUCCUACGGCGAGUAGAAAUCUCUCGGGAGAAUCGCGAAAAGGAUUUGAAGGGAAGUCACAAAUGGCCAUAGCCGAGAAUCGAUAUUGCGACGCGACCAAGUACCGUAAAAGUUCUCGAGGUCGGAAGAUCUUCCUUCGUGAUGAGUCAGCCGACGAACGGUAUCCAGUCACCCUUCCGCGAGAUCGAUGCCUGUAGAUUUUGAGGCGCAUCGCGGCAAUUCGGUCCCUAAGAGCGAACCAAGAAAGAAUUUGGGGAGGAGACAACGAUGACACGCUUGGUCGCUUGAAAACUCACUAUCAGCACUCACGUGGAAAACGACAAGAAAAACAUCGCAUCAACGACAAAAAUGAGCUUCUUCAGCUCCUUGCAGGAAUACGUGACGAAUAGCGUGGCUAGUUUUAGCCUGAGUCCAAAAAGGUUCUCGUUCAGUCGCGAGGACUCGAAGGGCGAUACCAGCGGGACCGGAAGAAGUAGUUCUACUGGCAGCGUCACCUCGACAACUAAUACCAGUACAGCCGCUACUCAACAAGCUACGCCACAUGGUUUUCCCAAGGUUGUGCCACCACCAGGAACCGUCAUAUCGCACACGCGCUCUCUUUCAGCACGUAGACGCACUCUCGAGUGCACUCCAGCUUCGGGAUUGACGGUACAUCCUGCGACAGGAAGUGGUGCUACAUCGCCAAGGCGAGUCGGCUCCUUUCGACGGAGCGGCGGAUCUAGCGAUAGACCGCCUCUUAUGUUCUGUCGUCGUAGACCAUCCUGGCCGGAGUUCGACAUACAGGCCACUUCCGGUGUUCAAGAAACAGAUGGAUCCUUUUUCGAAAGUUUCACCGCGUUAUCUUGGAAGCAGGAGAAUCGAAGACUCGUUGUUCUUCAGGAAGUGGAAGCAAGAGCGAAAGAACCGCCACCGCCGUCCAGAAAUUCGAGUUUGACCUCACAACCAUAUCGGCUCAGUAAAAAAGAGAUGGAGCAAUUGUACAUAGAAGUUCUUUACACGAUUGCAAACACUGUGGGCGCCAGUACAGGGCAAUACGCGCACUACAAAGAGGAUCUGUAUCGAUACGCCCAAGAAGCCUUUGGAGUCCCACAGGAUCAGCAUCGACGAUAUCUCAAUAUUGCCUCGGAAGAAAAGCCACCCAUUGUUGUGCUAAGUGUGGUGGUCAUUGAAGCCGAUGGUCUCGAAGCGAAGGACGUCAAUGGAUUCAGCGAUCCUUACUGCAUGCUGGGAAUACAGCCCGGCAACCCAGGUGCACCAUUGAGCCCACAAACGAAUUUAACAGCGCAUUCGCCGCAUACACCCCCUGCGUCUCCGAGGCAAACAAUUCGCACCCUUUCUGACGGCGGCGAGAUCGAGAAUUCCCACCAUGAGAAACUUCGGAAACAUCACAGUUUCAGGCUUUCAUUUAAGCGCAAGGAGCACAGCAGCAGGCGGGAACACCGCGAAUCCUUGAGCGGUGCUCUACCCGCGAAGUUUAUACGAGCUACCUCGGUGAAGCAGCAUACGUUGAGCCCACGUUGGAACGAGAAGUUCCGUUUCGACAUUGAUGACAUCAACACGGAUAUUCUCCAUCUGGACAUAUGGGACCACGACGACGAAUCCUCGGUGUUUGACGCGGUAAUCAAACUCAAUGAAGUACGAGGUGUGAAAGGGCUCGGACGAUUUUUCAAGCAAAUCGCACAAAGCGCUAGAUCCGGAAGUCAGGAUGACUUCCUAGGUUGUGUGAACAUCCCUCUGGUGGAUAUUCCGAGUACUGGGGUGGAUCAAUGGUACAAACUUGAAGCGCGCACACAAAGAAGUAACAUCCAAGGUAGAAUCAGACUGAAAUUAUGGCUGUCGACGAGAGAAGACCACGGAACAUCCGAGGAGGAUAAUUGGGGCGAGCUGAGGCAACAGGAAAGGCUGUAUACAAUUUUCCUUAAUCAUGAAAUGAACAAACAAGGGGAAGACUUUACUUGGGAAUUGUCGCAGACCGCGUUGACAAUUUUACAUCAACAUGCGAUACAAGGUGAUGUCACCGAGUUGCAGCAGGCUUUGAUAAGAUGGGUGGCGAGUUCCCGGCAACCCGCCGUCGAUCCACGGAUGCUUCAUCGUCUUCUGCAGGAACUUGACAGUCGAUGGCAUACUGAAACUCUGUCGCGCGACGCAGAACAAUGUCUGGCGGAUUCCUUCAAUGAUUUCUUAGAAGUAUCUUUGAAAAAAGUUAGGCAACAUCGAGUAUUGUACCCACCUCUGUAUAGACCAACUAUAUCGAGGCUGGAUUAUCUGCUCAGAUGUUUGGGACUUCUCUCAAAUAUGAAAGCCUUUCGAACCUGUUGUCCCUUCAACAAGGAAAUUCGUGGCGAAAUCAUUACCGCUCUCAGAAAAGGAACUCUUGAAUGGUACGAGGAUACUAGACAACAGACAAUGUGUUACGAUCAGGAACCUGAUCAGGACAUCGACCGAGUUUUGCAAGAUUUCACAAAUUUAGUUACUGCAUUACUAGUCGAUUUAGAACAGGGGCUUUUAUAUUACAACAGUCUUUUUGAAGGUACGAAUGGUGUGCCGUAUUUCUCAGCAGUUUACAAGCAACUGGAAAAGCUGCUGGCGGAACACGUGGCGAAACACAUGGAGAACACUUCCGAGAUGCAUAACGAGCUUGGUGCAAGGGUCACCACCGCUUGCCUGCAGCUACAUGGUCAAAAUCGAGACGAAGAAUAUGUUCUACCACCCGGUGCUGAAAUAGGAACGCCGAUAUUUGAGCUUUAUUUAGCACUCCAAGACUUUGUAAACAUGAAAGAAAAUUUACCACAAUCGGAUCACAAAACUCUGGCAAUCUGCAAGUAUUACGAAUGGUUUAGACCAGCUAUUGACAAAUGGCUAGAUCUGGCGAAACUCAAGGCAAUUCAAAGAGUGCGAAGAGCUGCGGAACUCGAUCGGAUCUGCACCGGGGAAUAUUUCGUCAAACACUGCACAUCGGCAAUCGACGCCACUGCAUGUUUUUACCAAAUUAAAGAAUUCUGGAAGAAAUUAGCGUGGCCUGAUCUUAUUGGCUCUUAUAACUUCGUGUUGAAAGUCAUUGACGCAAUAUGCAGCUCCGCCGCUUACUACGCAGAGAUAACACAUCAGAAACUAGCAGAUAGCGGAUAUUAUGAAGAGCAUACACCAUAUAAGACCACAGAUGAGGUAAUCGCUCAGAUGUGCGUAGCUGUCAAUGGUCUUGAGUAUGUGAGAAGAUGGUUAUUAACCUUAGGCGAAGAACUACGCGUAGAACAGAUUCUGACGGCUUUGGAGACUCAAGCGGGUGAAUCUGUUCGAAUACAAUGGCGAAACGCUAUGGUAACACCGCUGGAGCAAACUCCUGGGCAAAUGUUACUUUUCAUAAAUCAAAUAGUUUCCAGAAUUGGUGCAAAGAUGAGACCACCUCUGAAAAAGACGAUGUUUCACCUGGCUUGGUCUCCUGACAGUUUACCAACUAUAGAAGCGAUCGUACCUCUCGUGGAAUAUCUAGAUGUUCAUUUGGUAGCACUUAACUCAGCACUGCUAAGCGCAAAUUUCAAUCGCGUUCUGCAGGAUAUUUGGGAGGUGGUCCUUAGUGAAUUAGCCAGCCAAAUGGAUGGAAAUGCCGAGGAUAAGCCAGUAAUGUUUUACGAAAGAUUGCACGAAGCGCUUGACCUAUUAGUAAGAUUUUUCAACGCUGAUGAUAAGGGCUUGCCUUUAGAAGUAUUACGUCGUCAGAGUUUUAUGAACGCGGAAGAACGCCUUCAGUAUCAUAGAAUGGACACGACAUUCUUGAUCGAUCGAUAUUAUCAGCAACGUCUUCUGGACCAACUUAACACAACUAGCUAUGAAUAUGGCGUUCUGACGAUACGAGCUUAUUUGAAUCAUGAUUCACUUUGCGUCGAGAUAAUAAGUGCCAGAGAUGUCAUACCAUUAGACCCGAAUGGAUUCAGUGAUCCCUUCGUGAUAAUCGAAUUGUUACCGCGGCGAAUGUUCGAGUAUUGCGCCGAGCAACAAACUAACGUCAAAAAGAGAACUUUAAAUCCCAUGUUUGACGAGUGUUUCGAAUUUUCGGUGAGUGUGGAGCAGUGUCGUGACCCUAAAGCGAUGGUUCUUUUUACGGUAAUGGACCACGAUGUUCUCACGGCGAAUGACUUCGCAGGCGAGGCUUUCCUAGGACUGAGUACCAUUCCUGGCGUCGCCGACACAAACACCAGCAUAGACAAUUUCCACGGCCUCAAACAUCAGGAACUACCGCUUAUGCACCAAAAAAAUCGACAUCAUCCAAUCCUCCAAAUACUGGAAACUCGAGUCGGCGACAAGAUGGCUCUCGACUUUGUGAAGAAGCAGAAACAACGAUUCGCCACGACGUAAGCGCAUUACGUGCUGAGGAAAAAGGAGAAAAAGAAAAUCAUGGCGGUUGAAUCGCAAUUGCUAUCAAGACUUGUAUACUAAGCUUAAGAGUCAAUGAAGAAAAUCGAGGAGAAGAAGGAAGAGGAGAAAGUCCAUCCCUGCGAUAUAUCGUCGAUUCUCACUUUCUUUCUUUCUCUCACGCACUCUACCUUUCUGCCUAUCUUUCUACCAGCCUUCAUCCCAAAUUCGUCAGAUCUAUUUCAGUGUAAAUCGUGUUGAAUAUAAUCGGUGUUGGGUAAAAAAACAGAAAAAAGAAGAAAAAAAAAAGAAAAACGCAGUGAAAGAGAAUCGAAAGAAAUAUAUCGGAACUAUUUUUGUGUCGAAGAAGAGAUGUGUAAAACAGAACUACACAACACACAAGAAACAGUAAAACACGUCGGUGUGACAUAGCUAAGGUAAAUGUUUAAAAGCCGUCUCGUCAGGCUUGAAGCGACACCGGAGCGACCGCAAAGUUCUUUAUCUUACAUUUUUUAUACAGGGAGGUCCAGACAUCAAAUAUCUCGCGCGCCCUUGCGAGAAUUUAAGGAUUUUCCUAGAAAAAAAAAAAAAAAAACACGAGUGUUCACGUUUUCAGAUAAACUGAAAUGACAAGACUUCCCUUCGCGAUCGCAUAACCUGCUUUUCGUCUGUCGAGUAUCAAUUGUGAAUAGAAAUCGGGGUUCCAUGAUGAGAAUAUAAAUAUAUUCGACACAUGAUGACUUUCUUUGAAUUGAAUUAUUUUCUCAACUUCCAUAAAAGAGGAAGUCAUCGAGGCUGCUCAUGGAAACUUUCGUCUCAAACUUUCUCCGAUUGUGCAGAUUUGAUUCACGACAAAAUUGGGAGGAAAACGCAACCUCUUUAUUAUCCUCUAAAAUUACCAUUUCUUAUUAAAGUCAUGUAAAAUAAUUUGUUAAAAAAUAAGUUGUACAAAUAUGUUUCUCUUCCUUCAGGCAAUGCAGCGCACAACGAAUAAUAAUAUUAAUGGCUAACUUACAAUUAGACAUCAUUGAUCACAAUAAUCCAUUGUUGAUUGGGAAAAGAUUUAGUCAAUGAAUGUACAAAAGUAUGUGGAAAAUUUAUGCUGAGUAAUAAUUACUUUUAACUGCCUGUUUUUUAAUCAAGUUAAGAAUCGUUAUAAUAUAUUUCUAAUAAUCCAUAUAUGAUGCUUUUCCUCCCCGAAGAGUAGCCGCGCCGCUUCAGCGUCGCUUCGCCGACGCGAAUCAAGCCGAGAAGGUCGAUAUACGAUAUUUUUCUUACUCAUCAUUAGCUAAAGUCUUCUUUCUAUCUUUUCACCAUCUAAUCUUCCGAAUGACUAAAUUAUCAACGCAGCUUUUCUUGCUGAACCGCUUAUACGACGAAAACGGAGAUGUUUCUAUCAGAACGCUCUACUCUGUUAUUUCUGCAGCAUCGAAAAAAAAGAACAAAAUUUGAGAAUGUGUCAGAAACACAAAUUUCGCUUUCAGACAUAAAUAUUGUUGAAAAUUAAAUGUACGUUUCACUGGAAAAGCGUUCUCUGUGUACGUCGCCCUCAGUACUAGAUUUUUCUAUUGAAUUUUUAUUUUGCUAGUACAACAUGCUAUUCUAUGUAGUCUUUCUAACUUUCUGAUACUGGCGAAUUCUUCGUGAUUAAAGCAUAUGUUAAAGCACUCGUAGUGAUUGGGCAAAAAAUGAAUGUUAUUUGAAAACAAAAUUAAUAUUAAUUUUUUAAAGUACAAUUUUUAUAACUUAUUCGAUAAGUCAAAUUUUAAUCUCAUUUAGUACAAAAUAACAGAUUGAAAUAAAAAUAAUGCGCCUUUUUUAUCAAAUAUGUCAAGAAAAUUUAAUAUCUUUGUUUUUUUAGUAAUUUACAUAAAUAAAUACUUUGCGUUUUUAGUAAUUUACAUAAAUAAUUGCAAAUACAUAAUCAAAUAACGUCAAUAUAAGAGCAGUCGCGAAUUUAUGUUACAUAAUAAUUGAUAUAAAACAAAAUUUAGAUGCAGAUAAAUCGAACGUGC